AUGAUAUUUCGUUCUUGCUUCCUUUUGAUAAUAUGUGUUAUAUAUAGUAAGAAUAUAACAAACUGUGUAGCAGAAACUACAGUAAAUAGUGAUACCGGUGGUCCCAAUGGAAGUGGUAUAGGUGAACAAGGUUUAUCGUCUAGUUCUUCGGAAAAUGUUACUGGUGAAUCUCACAGUCCACCAGGCACAUCAGUAGGAACAUCAUCCGAUAAUGAUCAAUCUUCCUCAUCAUCAGUAACUGCAGGAAAUACUGGAGAUGUAGGUCAAACAUCAGAAGCUAGUAGUAAAGUUCCUGAAGUUCCUUCCAAACCUUCUCCACAUUUGAACACAAAUCCACAGCAACCAAAUAGAGAAGCUCCUCAAGCUGUACAAUCAGAUGGACAAAAUGUUGAACAGGGGAUACAGGUAACUUCUACUUUCUUGAAAAAUUUCGAUGGUAUAAAAGUAACAGGUUCAUGUAAAGCAUAUUUCCGAGUGUUUUUCGUUCCGCAUAUAUGGAUUUAUGUAGAUCCCACAAAAGACAGCAUAGAACUAAAACAACUUUUUGAGCCAGUUAGAACAGUAAAUAUCACACAGUUAAGGAAUAAAUGCAUUAAUAAAAGCAACAGCACAUUCAAAUUUAUUGCUUAUGUUAAGGAUCAAAUUCUGACCCUCAAAUGGCUAGUAAUUGGGGAGGGAGCCGAUGCAGGAAAUAAAGUGGAUGUAAAAAAGUACAAGAUACCGGUAUUAGAUAAGACAUUUAGCUCAGUACAGGUGCAUACAGCCAAUGCUGAAAAGAACUUGAUCGAGAGUAAAAACUACCACAUAAGUAGUGUUAUACCUGAUCAGUGCAGUAUAAUUACGACAAACUGCUUUUUAAGUGGAAGUCUAGAUAUCGAACAUUGUUUCCACUGCACGCUUCUCGCGCAAAAGUAUGAAAGUGAAAACGAAUGUUUCAAAUACGUUUCAAAGGAAGCAAAGGAGCGUAUUGCCAUGGAUAUACCGACUAUUGCACAAGAUGAGGAAUACUCGGUCGAGUACAGACUUAUAGAGUCUAUUGAUAUUAUAUUGAAGAGUAUAUAUAAAACUGAUGAAAAUGGAGGGAAAAAAGAAGAAUUAAUAAAUUUCGAGGAUUUGGAAAAUGAUUUAAAAUCAGAAUUAAAAAAUUAUUGUGCAUUGUUAAAAGAGAUGGAUGAGAGUGGAACAUUAAAAAAUUUUGAACUAGCUAAUGAGGAGGAAACAUUCAAUAAUUUAUCUAGAUUGUUAAAAGUCCAUCCUAAUGAGAAUAUGGCUACACUACGACUCAAGUUUAGGAACCCAGCAAUAUGUGUUAAAAAUGUGGAUGAGUGGAUAGUAAAUAAAAGGGGGUUAACUUUGCAUAAUGAAACAUAUAGUGCGGAAAAAGUAAGCCAUGAUCAGGCUAACGCAGACAGUGGUGCAGCUGACAAGGGUCGUGCUGAAAGUGAUACUACUACCAGAGGUGCAUCUGACAGUGGUAGUGCCGACGAACUGAUGGCGGAAAAUUUUGAAGAGGAGGAAAUUGUAUCAGAUGAUAUAUUUGAAAAGGAUUCCAGUGGCAUUAUAGAUCUGAGUAAGAUGAAAACCGAGAUGAACUUUAAAUCUCCGUAUUAUCAAAAGAGCAAAUAUUGUAAUAAAGAUUACUGUGAUAGAUGGAAAGAUAAAACAAGUUGUAUAUCAAAUAUUGAAGUAGAAGAACAAGGAGAUUGUGGUUUAUGUUGGAUAUUUGCAUCUAAGUUACAUGUAGAGACUAUUAGAUGUAUGAGAGGAUAUGGUCAUUUUAGAAGUUCUGCAUUGUUUGUUGCAAACUGUUCUAGUAGAAAUCCGGAAGAAAUAUGUAUUGUUGGAUCUAACCCAACAGAAUUUCUUCAAAUUGUAAAUGAUAAUAAAUUUUUACCUUUAGAAUCUGAUUUACCAUACUCAUACAAUGAUGCAGGAAAUGCAUGUCCUACAAAAAGAAACAAAUGGACGAAUUUAUGGGGGAAUACAAAAUUGUUAUUACAUAAAAGAGAUUAUUCUUUUUUGAAUACACUAGGCUACAUAGCAUACGAAAGCAUAAAUUUUAAAGAUAAAAUGGAAUUAUUUAUUAACAUAAUUAAACAAGAAAUUCAAAAUAAAGGUUCUGUUAUUGUUUAUGUAAAAACUAAUAAUGUAAUUGAUUAUGAUUUCAAUGGGAAAGUAGUUCAUAGUAUAUGUGGUGACAAUGAAGCAGAUCACGCUGCAAAUAUUAUUGGAUAUGGUAAUUAUAUUAAUAUUAAAGGUGAAAAGAGAUCUUAUUGGCUAGUUAGAAAUAGCUGGGGUUAUUAUUGGGGAGAUGAAGGAAACUUCAAAGUAGAUAUGUAUGGUCAUGAUGAAUGUUUAUAUAAUUUUAUACAUACAGCAGUUGUAUUCAAAAUAGAUUUAGAUAUGGUAGAAGUUCCUAAAAAGAAUAAUAAUAAUAAUAAUAAUUCAGUUUAUAAUUAUUUCCAUAAAUAUGUUCCUGAUUUUUUCUAUAACCUUUUUUAUGUCAAUUAUGAUAAGGAUAAAGAUAAAGAUAAAGGUGAAUCUUUCUUAUAUGACAAUGGUAAUAGGGAAGAAAUACAACAAAAUUAUAGUAAGGAUUCUAUUGUAUCUGGACAAACUGAACCAGAAAGUGCCAAAGUUAUACCCGCUCCCCAACCCACUAAAUCAGCUGAGAAAAUUUUUAAAGUACUACACAUUUUAAAAAAUAUCAAAGAUGGAAAAAUAAAGAGAGGAUUUGUCAAAUAUGAGAAUUUAAAAGAAACUGAAAAUCCAUACAGCUGUUCAAGAAUAUACUCAAAAGACCCAAAUAAGAUGGAUGAGUGUAAGCAGUUUUGUUUUAAAGAGUGGAGCAAAUGUGAAAAGCACUACUCACCCGGUUACUGCUUAACAAAAUUAUAUUCAGGGGAUAAUUGCUUUUUCUGCAAUAUUUAA